GCGCGGGGCAGCCAGCGGGCCUCGGAAGCCGGGCCCGAUGCGGGCGGGCGGGCGGAGCCGCCGAGCCUGGAGCAGCCCGAGCCCGAGCGGAGCAUUUUCAUCUCAAUAGAAAUCUAAAGGGAAGAAUAAGAAAAUAACCACAUGCAAAAUUCAGAAUUGGCAUUUUCAUGCCAUCAGCAAGAAGGAGAGGAUCAGCAAGGGAUUCAACCUAUCCAUGUGGCAAAGAGUAAGCCUGGACCAUAUCAUUAUCCUGGAAGUCAAAGAGCUUUGGGAGCUACAGAAACAUCCACAGUUGGGUCUCCUUCAUUGCUGUCCCAGGGUCUACCCAGGAGGAAUAGAGCUCCUACUUUCAGGAUUGAUUCUCUGGAAAGACAUAUCCCAUGGAGCCCCUUGCUUAUACAUUUCCAUUUGUAACCAAGCCCUAUGCAGGGCCAACCAUGGAGGAGUGAUCCAAGCAGGGUCUCACCUCUGGAUGAGCAACAUACUUAAAUGCUUGAAAUAGUUUUGUAAGACCACCAAAAUAUUAGAACCAUGCCUCCAAGACCAUCAUCCGGUGAAUUAUGGGGCAUCCAUUUGAUGCCCCCAAGAAUCUUAGUAGAAUGUCUACUACCUAAUGGAAUGAUAGUGACUUUAGAAUGCCUCCGUGAGGCUACAUUAGUAACUAUUAAACAUGAGCUAUUUAAAGAAGCAAGGAAAUACCCUCUUCACCAGCUCCUUCAGGAUGAAACUUCUUACAUUUUCGUAAGUGUUACUCAAGAAGCAGAAAGAGAAGAAUUUUUUGAUGAAACACGGCGACUUUGUGACCUGCGGCUUUUUCAGCCCUUUCUAAAAGUCAUCGAACCUGUAGGAAACCGAGAAGAAAAAAUUCUCAAUCGAGAAAUUGGUUUUGCUAUUGGUAUGCCUGUUUGUGAAUUUGACAUGGUUAAAGAUCCAGAAGUACAAGACUUCCGAAGAAAUAUUCUUAAUGUUUGUAAAGAAGCUGUGGACCUGAGGGAUGUCCAUGCACCCCAUAGUAGAGCAUUAUAUGUUUAUCCUCCAAAUGUAGAAUCUUCACCAGAAUUGCCAAAGCACAUAUACAGUAAAUUAGAUAAAGGGCAAAUAAUAGUGGUGAUUUGGGUGAUAGUUUCCCCAAACAACGACAAGCAGAAGUACACUUUAAAAAUCAAUCACGACUGUGUACCAGAACAUGUGAUCGCUGAAGCAAUCCGGAAAAAAACACGGAGUAUGUUACUAUCAUCUGAGCAGCUGAAGCUCUGUGUUUUAGAGUAUCAGGGCAAAUAUAUUUUAAAAGUGUGUGGAUGUGAUGAGUAUUUGCUAGAAAAAUAUCCUCUUAGCCAAUAUAAGGCAUUGUCUCUAAAGAAAAAAAAAUACAGGCACCAAUCUUCCUCCCCUCCCUCCUCUAAUUUGUUACAGUACAUAAGAAGCUGUAUAAUGCUUGGUCGGAUGCCCAAUCUGAUGCUGAUGGCUAAAGAAAGUCUUUACACCCAGCUACCACUGGAUACUUUUACAAUGCCAUCUUAUUCCAGGCGAAUCUCUACAGCCACACCGUACAUGAAUGGAGAAGCUUCAACCAAAUCCCUUUGGGGCGUAAAUAGUGCACUCCGCAUAAGAAUUCUUUGUGCAACUUAUGUAAAUGUAAAUAUUCGAGACAUUGACAAGAUCUAUGUUCGAACAGGUAUUUGCCAUGGGGGAGAGCCAUUAUGUGACAAUGUGAAUACUCAAAGAGUACCUUGUUCCAAUCCCAGGUGGAAUGAAUGGCUAAUGUAUGAUAUAUACAUUCCUGAUCUUCCACGUGCUGCUCGACUUUGCCUUUCCAUUUGUUCUGUUAAAGGCAGGAAAGGAGCAAAAGAGGAACAUUGCCCAUUGGCUUGGGGAAAUAUUAACCUCUUUGAUUAUACAGACACUCUGGUAUCAGGAAAAAUGGCUUUGAAUCUGUGGCCAGUACCUCAUGGAUUAGAAGACUUGCUGAAUCCUAUUGGAGUUACUGGAUCAAAUCCCAAUAAGGAAACUCCAUGUUUAGAGCUGGAAUUUGACUGGUUUAGCAAUCCUGUAAAGUUCCCAGAUAUGUCAGUAAUUGAAGAACAUGCAAAUUGGACUGUAUCUCGAGAACUAGGAUUCAACUAUUCCCAUGCUGGGCUGAGUAAUAGGAUAGCUCGAGAUAAUGAAUUGAGAGAAAAUGACAAAGAACAGCUCCGGGCGAUUUGUACACGAGACCCUCUGUCUGAGAUCACUGAGCAAGAAAAGGACUUCCUGUGGAGUCAUAGGCAUUAUUGUGUCAAUAUACCAGAAAUUCUACCUAAACUACUUCUGUCUGUUAAGUGGAAUUCUAGAGAUGAAGUAGCCCAGAUGUAUUGCUUGGUAAAAGAUUGGCCCCCAAUCAAACCAGAACAGGCCAUGGAACUUUUAGACUGUAAUUAUCCAGACCCUAUGGUUCGAGCUUUUGCUGUUCGAUGCUUGGAGAAAUAUUUAACUGAUGACAAACUUUCUCAGUACUUAAUUCAACUGGUUCAGGUUCUGAAGUAUGAACAAUAUUUGGAUAACCUGCUUGUGAGGUUUUUACUCAAGAAAGCACUAACAAAUCAAAGGAUAGGGCACUUUUUCUUUUGGCAUUUAAAGUCUGAAAUGCAUAAUAAAACUGUCAGCCAGAGAUUUGGUUUGCUUUUGGAGUCAUACUGUCGAGCAUGUGGGAUGUAUCUAAAGCAUCUGAAUCGGCAGGUAGAGGCCAUGGAGAAACUGAUCAACCUCACCGACAUUCUCAAGCAGGAGAAGAAGGAUGAGACACAAAAGGUACAGAUGAAGUUCUUGGUUGAGCAAAUGAGACGACCUGAUUACAUGGAUGCUUUACAAGGCUUUAUCUCUCCCCUUAAUCCUGCUCAUCAAUUAGGAAAUCUCAGGCUCGAAGAGUGUCGGAUUAUGUCAUCAGCAAAAAGACCACUGUGGUUGAAUUGGGAGAACCCAGACAUCAUGUCAGAGUUACUAUUUCAGAACAAUGAGAUCAUCUUUAAAAAUGGGGAUGACUUACGGCAGGAUAUGCUAACCCUUCAGAUCAUUCGGAUUAUGGAAAAUAUCUGGCAAAAUCAGGGUCUUGAUCUUCGGAUGUUACCUUAUGGUUGUCUAUCAAUCGGGGACUGUGUUGGCCUCAUUGAGGUGGUCAGAAAUUCCCACACUAUCAUGCAGAUUCAAUGUAAAGGGGGCCUGAAAGGGGCGUUGCAGUUCAACAGCCAUACAUUACAUCAGUGGCUCAAAGACAAGAAUAAAGGAGAAAUAUAUGAUGCAGCCAUCGAUUUGUUUACACGUUCCUGUGCUGGAUACUGUGUAGCUACCUUCAUUUUGGGAAUUGGUGAUCGACACAAUAGCAAUAUCAUGGUGAAAGAUGAUGGUCAACUAUUCCACAUAGACUUUGGACACUUUUUGGAUCACAAGAAGAAGAAAUUUGGCUAUAAACGAGAGCGUGUGCCCUUCGUCUUGACGCAAGAUUUCUUAAUUGUGAUUAGUAAAGGAGCCCAAGAAUGUACAAAGACAAGAGAGUUUGAGAGGUUUCAGGAAAUGUGCUAUAAGGCUUACUUAGCUAUUCGACAACAUGCCAAUCUCUUCAUCAAUCUCUUCUCCAUGAUGCUUGGCUCCGGAAUGCCCGAACUUCAGUCUUUUGACGACAUCGCCUAUAUUCGAAAGACCCUGGCCUUGGAUAAGACUGAGCAGGAGGCUUUGGAGUAUUUCAUGAAGCAGAUGAAUGAUGCUCAUCAUGGGGGCUGGACAACCAAAAUGGAUUGGAUUUUUCAUACGAUAAAGCAGCACGCUUUGAACUGAAACAAUAGCCUCGGGGCUGCUCCGCACUGCUCUCAUUGUCAGCAGGCCAAGGCUGCUUGUGUAGGAAUCGCACAAACCAUGAACAGCAUUAGAAUCGACAGCAAGAACCGAGAUCAACUCUUUCUUCUACCAUUGAAACAACAUAAACGCAAACAGGGUUUGAUAGCACUAAACUAGUACGUUUCAAAAUUAAGCUUUAGUCUAAUGCGCAAUUUCAUGUUAUGCCUUAAGUCCAAAAAGGUAAACUUUGAAGAUUGUUUGUAUCAUUUUUUAAAAAACAAAACAAAAUAUAUAGAAACUGAUGGUUAAGGAGAGAGAAUAAUGUUCUUUUUUGUGUUGCAAAUGUUGUAUGUUUUGAACCGUGAAAGUGACAAAGUCUGUCAAGUUCAAGGAAACCAGAGAGUGGUGUUGAGCUGCAUGAGAAUUGCUAAGAAUGAAAAUCCAUCACUUUCCCAUGGUAUUCAAUUUAUAUUUUGAAGUGAGCUUUUUGACUCCCAGUUCUCAUGAAGAAAAAUACUUGGGGUGGAACAGAAUAUUUAAACUUCAUUAGGGACUACUUUUUCCUUUUUCAAAAAUCAAACCUUUUGAUGACUUUGGGCCUUAUCUGCAUAGUUUGGGGAGCAAGUAGAAAUGAGACCUUUUAGAAGGUGCUUUUCCUGGACAAGCAUUUACAAGGAUCCGAUUGUUCAUUUCCCAGGGAAAUUCUGAGCUCCCAUGGGAAAAAACUGCCAUAGAAAAGAAAUGAGAAGGACUAGCUGUCAUGUACCAGAAUCGUGCAGUGUUCACCUUUAAGUUUGACAUUUUCCCCUCUUUUUGCAAUUGAACUGAAUACAUUUUUCAUGCAUGUUUUCCAGAACCUAGAAGAAAGUAUUAAUAUUAUUAAAAGAUUAUUUUUUAUAAAAGGCUAUUUAUAUUAUAAAAACUAUCAUUAAUAUAUACUCUUUAUUUAGAUUAUCUGUCCCAUAGUCAUGCAUUUAUUUUACAGCCUCAGAUAUUUUGGUAUAAGACUCUGCCAUCUGUAGUGACAUAAUCAGUCAUUCUCUUGGUCUUUGAGAGAAGCCCAGGCACUCUUCCAUAAUGUACACCAUUGCCCAGGGAUACUCUGUUAAACAAAGUUGGUGAAAUAUCCUGCUCAGGACCACCUCUUUCCUCCUUUUCAUUUUUAUCCCCACUCUCUCUCUCUUCUACCAAAAAAAAAAAAAAAAAAAAAAACUUAAAUCAGUUUAAAUCAGCUCAGUAACAUACAGUUUCGUGUCCUGUUUGCAUUAAUCUUCUCCUAAAGUGGAAGCACUUAUAAAGAAAGGAUCCUUCAAAGCAGCAGGGAAAAAGAAACCAGGAAUAUUGUCUGUUUGCAGGCUCUUUGCCUCUAUCUCAAUAAUAAAAAUGGAACCCAUAGUCAUUAAGAUUGGUUCCCACUUUAAAGUGGCCAGGGUCCAUUUUCUAAGUUUUUUAAGUUGCACUUAAGCCCAGGAUAAAUUCAUAAACAUUUGGAAGAAGUGAUUCACCCCCCCCCUUUUUUUUUGAUUGGGAAUCGCAAGGGAAGGGAUUAGACUGUGAGGAAGCUUUCUUCACUAUAGACCAGCAUUCCACAUGGUAUUUGGAGUAAAUGCCCACAGAACUAGGAAACAGCUUCUGCAGAUGUCUUUGUGCCACAGGAAAAAAUAAAAGUGCAAUAAAGGAGAGGGGCUGGCAAGUGUCUAGAUUAGGCAUGAUAUUGGAAUAUAACUUUAUAAAAACUGUACAUUGUGUUCUCUGUAAUGGUAAUGAGCUAUUGAAUGGUUUACUUCAUUUAGAAAAAAGUUCUUUAAUGAAAUUAGAUACUUAUCCUAGAGCCUUGGAUCAAGUAAACCAGGGACUGUAAUGCCAAAAUUCCUAAGACAUAUUUGGCUAUUUUAGGAUGCAUAUGGAUAUAGGCUCCCUAGAGGUAGUUGUUGAAGAUUUAGGUACUUUAUUAAAGCAUGUAAAUAAUACUGUCUUAGUGAAAGCCACUGAGAAAAAUAAAUUUGGAGUAUUGGAAUAUUCAUUUUUCAUAUUUAUAAUUGACUGUGUCAGAACAGUUCAGCAGAUUUUAAACCCUUUGUUAUUAAGUCAUUGAUAAUUGUUCUCCUUUGCGGUUAUGAAAGAUUUCAUAGCUAACAUAUUCCAUCUUCUCAUUUGAUGCAUAACCAUGAUGUGUCAUUACUGAUUGGCAUUUGACACAUGCUAACAUUUUUUUUAAUAUCAGGGAUUGAUGAUAGUAAAACUCCGUAAAAUAAUAAAUGUCUGAAGCCCUGAUCAAGUUUCUUAAAGUUAUAACAGAAUUUUGUUUUUUUGUUUCCCCAGAUAUUUCUAAAGCAGUAAUUUUAUGAGUCUCCUUGCACAAAAAUUAAAAGAUACUUAAAUUGCCUACAUCAGUAUAGAUCACUUUUGAGGGCCCCGCUGAAAAUUUGUGCAUAAAUUACUGCAGACAAAUUAAUUUAGUUUCAAUUUAUUUGAGCUGUGUAGAAUAAUUCAGAAAAAAAAAUUAACUAGGAGCCAAACUAAGUGACCUGAAAACAAGCUGAAUCGUAAACAGAUCUAAGCAGAAUAGAACUGAGGCAAAGAAAAGUUGAAAAAGAGAAAGGAGAAAAUGAGGGUUCCAAAAGGCCAAGCCAUUGCUGCUUGUAUUAAGCAAACUGUUGGAUUAUUCAAAUUGAUUUCAGGUCAGAAGUCAUGUAACAGGCUCUAAAAUGAUUUAACUAUUUGGGAUUACUUAAAUUCCCCAAACCAUCUCUCAGAACUUCAGUUAUAACCAUUGACUUUCGAGAUCAUUGGCUCUCCCAAGAAAUAUUUUCUUGCCUAAUCAUUUGGAGAAGGAGAAAUGGAGCACAUUUUUGAAGAGCAGAAGCCCUAACAUUUAAUACAUCCUACAAAGAAAUUUAAAAGCCUGCUUGACCUUUUAGCAUAGUCUCAAUCCUUAAAGGGACACACCCAUUUUGAAGACUGAUAAUGUGUCUGUAAAUCAGAGAGUAGAUUUUAUUUGACGUUUUACCGUAGAACUUGUUUCUCUUGGUUUUUUAGUGUCACCUGUAAAAUUGUGUCGAAAAUAAUCAAUUCUGAGAUUUGUCCCAUAAUCAAUUUGUGUUUAUAAGCCCAUUAAGAAAAUGGGGAACUGGUGAAUAUGUAAUGAUUUGUAAAAUAUUUUAAUGUAAUUUUUUCAACUGUGAAACUAUUGGUUUUUGAUGAAAACAGGCUGCUGAUAAAAGUAUUUUUUCUGUAAA